AUGGCCGCUGUAGCCGGCCUGUAUGGACUUGGUGAUGAACAGCGUGGGAGACAUCGCCGUGGUCAGACAAACGCAGAGCGCUCCGAAUCCAGGGAUGAUAAUACAGAGGCAUUGUUGAAAAGUCCCAACUUCAUACGUAUAUCGUGCACCGAUGGAGUUCGGAAGCGCGGCAUGAGCGGUCGGUGUGUGGAAGGUGAGAACGCUGCUCACAAGCGGCGGGCACGCGGCACGCGGCACGCGGGGAGCGGCCCAAUCCGCGGUGCAGUGGUUGGCAGACGGUGUCGAUACGCGUGCGGACGAGCGCUAGCCGGCCGCGGGGGAUGCGACGCGGCGCGGGGAUAG